CAUUUCAGACGCCCCAACAACACACUGACAGAGUUUUGGAUGGUGGAGUGUAUAUACUACCUGUUUGCUCUCUGCUGCGUCACUGCUGGUUUUUAAGUCGCUCCUCCUCUGACCGGAAGAAACCUGCUCCAAACAUCCAUUUGUAAGAACUCUAUCACGCCGUCUUCCUGCUUCGGGAAACGAAACAAUAAAGCCUCUGACAACAUGACGACGCUGCUCCGCAGAGUACCCGGGCCCAGGGGUCCAUUGUGGCGGUGUCUGGGUGCAAUUCUGCGGGGAACGCACAUCCGAACCUCCCAUCUGAUUCAGCGGGACGGAGCGCGAAUGCUGGCCGGUGUCAGGCUCCCUUUAGCGGGACACAGUCGCGCUCACCGCCGCUGGCAGCACACGGAGGCGGCGGAUCGUGCAGAGGUGGAUUUGAAGCGGUUAGAGGAGGGAGACGAUGGAAUCGUGGAGGUGGUGAUGUGUCAACACAAGGCAAAAAACGCUCUGGGCCAUGUGUUUGUGUCACAGAUGAGGGAGCUGGUGUCCACUCUGUCCACUGACUCCUCGGUGCGAGUGGUCGUCUUCAGGAGUUUAGUCCCCAGGGUUUUCUGUGCAGGUGCCGACCUGAAAGAGAGAGCGUUGAUGAACAACUCUGAGUCGGACCUGUUCGUUCACGGCCUUCGUUCGCUCAUGACUCAGAUCGCAUCGUUGCCCAUGCCAACCAUCGCAGCCGUGGAUGGCGUUGCCCUGGGAGGUGGACUGGAGCUCGCCCUGGCCUGUGACCUCCGCACUGCUGCGUAUUCGGCACAGAUGGGUCUGAUUGAGACGACACGGGGGCUGCUCCCAGGGGCGGGGGGCAGUCAGCGGCUGCCCAGGACUGUCGGCAUCACUCUGGCCAAAGAGCUCAUCUUCACAGGUAAGCGUGUGGGGGGGCAGGCAGCGCUGGAGAUGGGGCUCGUAAACAGAGCAGUGGAGCAGAACCAGACAGGGGAUGCUGCCUACAGAGAGGCACUCAGCCUGGCCAGAGAGAUACUGCCCCAGGCUCCUAUCGCCGUGCGAAUGGCUAAAGAAGCGCUGAACAGAGGCGUCGAGGUUGACAUCACUUCAGCGAUGGCUAUAGAAAGGAUGUGCUAUGCUCAGGUCAUCCCCACGCGGGACAGACGGGAAGGGAUGGCCGCCUUCAUAGAGAAGAGACCUCCACGCUACACUGGGGAAUAGACUCGUCUCAGUUGUCAUGUUUCUCUCUCACACAGAUGCACGCUGCUCCCUAUGACCUCACGUCUGAUUGACAAUUAACACCCCGUGUCUGUAUGUACAUGUCCUAUUUGCAUUAUAACAUCCAAUUGGAGUUGUCACAGCAAUAUGACAGACAUAGAGCCCAAAGACACAUGUUCUGGGUUCCAGUGUAAACAAGUAGUAGCAACUCAUGUGAACAUAGUCAAAAUAAUGUCAAUAGUGGGAAUAUUGCAAUCCAGGCAGUCUGUGUCAACACAUUAGUUUUAGUUGGCUUUAGUAGUGACUUUCAGGAUUAGACUGACAAAUCACAACAGCAUAAUAUGACCUCCAAGAUUUUUACCAUUACCUCUCUAUACUUUGAUUUAUAGGAACAUCAUCUCUGGAAGAGACUGCAUUAAAAAGGCAACACAAGUGUCAUCUCCAGUU